AUGCGGUCGUAUCUGACGCGCAAUGUGUACAUUCGACUGCUGGCCAACCAUGGCUUGCUGCUCCCGUGCUCCUCUCCUCUACCGCGCCGCUGUUUCGCCGUCUCGUCCCGCGCCGCCCCCUCUCCGUUGCUAGUCCGCCGGCAACCCCGGAGGACCUUCUUCGGCAUCUUCCAGAAGCCACCCCGCAUGCUGAAGGAAGCCGACCUCGAACCCGGUUACGAUGUGCUGCUGCACUACAGGAGCUUGGAGGCCGAGAAUGCACGACCACCGCCACGGGAGGAAUUGCUAAAGGGUUGGAGACAGUUUAUUCAAUACAAGAGAAAGAAACAUCUCCAAGCGUUGAACUCAACACAGGCCUUCCUCACUCUGCGGCUGCUUCACCAUAUUGUGGAAACCAGCCCCGGCAAGCAAGACCAGGGCGAGGAUCUCAGCUUCACAGAUCUCCGGGCGGCGCUAUGGGUCACGGUAAUGAAGCCGCCAAAAGGCACGACCGAGCAUCACCUCGAACUUGCGACGGUGCUCUACAACGAAAUCGAGAGGAGGAUACAGAACAUGCGUGAGCUCGGCAUCGAUGAGGAGGUGAUCAGGGAGGCGGUGGGAGGGAAGGACACUGGCGACUUUGAACUAUUCCUCAUGGCCCUCACACAGUACGGCGCUUCGCUGGAGGCCGCGGAACACUUGGCCCAGUUUAGGGCCGGGUUGCCAAAGGGAGACAAUAAGUCGAUUGCUCGGGUGCGGGUAUUUUGGACGCUGGUGCUGCGUGGCCUCGCCAAGGAGGGUCGGGAGGCGGAGUUGCUGGCCGAGUGGGAGAAGGCCCAGGAGGCCAAAAUCGAAUACAUGCCGCCGGUCCACGAAAUCAUGACGACAUUUUACGCGACGCGGGAUAGGAUCGAGGAGACAAAACAGUGGUUUGAGAAGCCCAUCCACGCGAACUGGCUGCGGAGUCCAAAGUCAUAUAUGGAGGCGGUACGGUUCGCGCUCCGAAACGGGGAGGAGGAGUGGCUCCAGCCUAUCUUUGAAGACUUGAUAAAUUCUAAUCCCCAGAAGGAAUGGUGGGACGUCAUCUUCCAGUGGGCCGUGCUGGUCAUGGACAAGGGCGUCGAGGACAUCAAGCAGAUGAUACAAGUCAUGUCAGCACAGCCCGGGGGCAAGGAUGGCACGGGGAGCGUGAGGCCGGACGCGGCCACCAUCGACGCCCUCAUCACGGCAGCCAUCGAGAAGCAAAAUCCCUACUUCGCCGAGCGGUUCCUCUCCCUCGGCGCCGAGCUCAGGAUCCGGCCCCGAGCAUCUACCUACAUCCUCCAAAUGGACUACCGUCUCGAUGCCAACGACUUCAGCGGCGUCCAGGCCAUCUACGACAAGCUCCUCAAGGGCGAAGUCACCAUCAGCCAGGACGAAGACCUCCCCGUCCUCAACAAAUACCUCCGCGCCCUCUGCGCCGCCCCCGAACCCGACCUCGGCCGCAUCCUAGACGUCACGGCGGACCUCGAGCAGCGCCACGCAACCCUAGAACCAGAAACGGUCGUCUCCCUCUGCAUGGUCUUCUUGCGCAACGACAACCAAUACGACGUGAUCGACACGCUCUCCCUGCACACCGUCUCGUACAGCCUGGAGGAGCGAGCACAGGUGCGGCGCGCCUUUGUCGAAUACUGCCUCGACCGGCGCGUCAGCACGGCGCGCGUGUGGGACUGCUACUCGCUGCUGCGCCAGUUCUUCCCGGAGACGGAGCCCGACGAGCGCGUGCGCCUCAUGGACGCCUUCUUCGCCCGCAACCGCCCCGACAUGGCCUGCUACAUCUUCGGCCACAUGCGCUCCCAGGGCAACCUGGACCAGCGCCCCACCGCCGACAUGUACGUGCGCUGCCUCGAGGGCCUCGGCCGCCACCCGGAAGAAACUGGGCUCGGUGGCGGCGGCAUCGCAGGCGGCGGCGGCGGUGGUGGUGGUGGGGACGGCGAGGGGGAGUCAUCGCUGCGCAUGGUGCACAACAUGCUCAAGAUGGACACGACGGUGCAGAUGGACACGCGGCUGUAUAACGCGCUCAUGAUCGCCUACGCGGCGUGCGGCGAGCCCGACGUCGCCGUCGAGUUCUGGCGCGACAUCACCGACUCGGCCGAGGGUCCCUCGUACGCCAGCCUCGCCAUCGUCUUCUGGGCCUGCGAGCUGCUGCCCUUUGGCGACCGCACCGCGAGGGGGGUCUGGCAGAAGGUCCAGCGCAUGGACCUCGAGGUGCCGCCGGAUGUGUUUUGGGCCUAUUGUGGUGCUAUUGCGGGGAGUGGCCACCUCGAGGAGGUGAUUCGGCUGAUUCGGGGUAUGGAUGCGAGUGUCGGGUACGGGCCGGGGAUGAUGACACUCGGCGUCACAUAUAAUGCCCUGCCAGGCUCGGAUAGAAAGGAGCAGUUCGAGGCGUGGGCCGCCGCCGAGUACCCAGAGAUCUGGGCGCAGCUGGAAAAGAAGGGACGCACCGAGACGCUCAGGGGCACUCAAAUGGGUGGUGGUGGUGGUGUGGUUGCGCUGUCGGUAGUGGGUCGAUGCCCGAUCCAGCUGUAA